AUGCGUCGCCAUGGAAGGUCCAGCGGGGGGCCUACCAAGGCCGUCCCCAUGUCCGACGCCGUCUCCCUCAUCCAUUCCUUCGAUUCCGUCAUGAACCCGAACCGGCCGGUGCGGCCUUCGCCUUUAGCCUCCUCCCAAAUCAAAGAGUUGCCGCUAGAACUCGUCGACCGGCUGCGCUCGUUCCCCCUCUUCCAGGCGACCCCGGAAUCCUUCUUGAUUGAGGUCGGGCAACAUUUACGCCCGCAGCUCCACGCCCCGAACGAUUACAUCUUGACCGAAGGCGACGAUGCGAAAGCGAUAUAUUGGUUGGUGCGGGGUGCCGUGUCGGUCACGUCGCGUGAUGGCGAGAGCGUAUAUGCCGAGUUGAAGCCGGGUGCCUUUUUUGGAGAGAUCGGCGUGCUGAUGGAUCGGCCGCGCACCGCGACCAUCGUCGCUCGCACUCGAUGCAUGCUGGUCGUGCUCUCCAAAGAGGAUUUCAGAAACAUCUUGCCGCGUUUCCCGGAGGUGGAGCAGGCGAUUAUGGAAGAAGCCCAGGAACGACUGAUGAUUCUAGAGAAGAAGAAGAAAGAGACCUCUGCACCAGUGGUGGACGAUCCGACUCCCAGCCCGGUGCGACGAGGCUCUAAACGGUUGAGAGAAGGUUCUUCCAAAGACUUGAUGAUCACCGAAGACGAAGAGGAGUUGACACUCAAGUCGGUAUAUAAGAAGCGGAAGUCACCGAGCCCGGGCCGCCGAGAUGCAUCCAGUGCUCUAGCAAACGGGGUGGUGAAUGUUCGCCUUUUGCUUAAAGAGCUACCUCUCUUCUCUGGGCUUCCAGCGGACAUCCUUCAUUUCCUGGGUCUUGAAGCUCAGCCAGCUUCGUUUCCUCCAUUCACCGACAUCAUCCAGCAAGACUCCCAUGGUCGUGAAUUAUACUUUAUCGUCCGUGGUGAAGUCGAGGUGGUGACUGAAAGGAACGAUUCCAAACAUAAAAACAAUCAGCCAAAUGGAACUCGCCACCAUUCGGUCGAAAUAAAAGCUCGACUUAAACAAGGCCAAUACUUCGGGGAAGUGGUCAGUCUAUCACUCGCACCUCGGAGAACAGCAACCGUUCGCUCCGUCACAGCAGUCGAGUGCCUCAUGCUCAGUGGAAAUGUACUAGCCAAAUUCUGGGAAAUGUGUCCCCGUGAGAUUCGCGAGCAGGUCGAACGCACCGCUCAAGAGAGGCUUCAGGCAGCUGCUGAUGGUGAUGUGGUCAUGUCGGAUGCAGCUGAUGAGCCAUCACCGAUGGGCGAUCUGAAUAUCGAUGAUCAACUGAAAAUAAGAUCGUCUAGGAGACGUUCAAUGCCCUUGUUGACUUUAACUGAAACGGAGUUGGAUGGCCCGCACCAAUCCUCUCCGGUGGAAGACCAGGAUGAGGCGGUCUUACGGCCUUCCGAUCCCGAUCCUUAUCUCAGCCUGGGGCUAGACAAGGUUCGGCUUCGAAGUCGACGCGGAUCAGUUGCACCAUUGACGCCAGACGAAGUCUCGGGUGAAAAACCUAAACCUCGACCCUCUCCUCCCUCAGAACCACGCUCCGCUAGGUCUUCCUCUUUCACCCUUCCAGAGAACGCGGGAUUCUCCAAACGCCAAAAUUCCCGCUCCUUUGGUGAUGCUUAUCGUGGAAUAUUUCCCGAUAGCGUGCUCUUGAAUAUUUUCCAGUUUUUGGAACUUCACCAUCUACUUCGACUCCGCGGCGUAUCAUCCCAUUGGUCAGAGAUCUUGACUCAAUCACCAGAUGUGGCUCGCGACUUGGACCUGAGCAUGUAUAAUCGCCAGCUCACCGACAAUGUCCUCGUCAAGAUCGUCUGCCCCUUUGUUGGAAAUCGCCCUCGCUCUGUGAAUAUCAACAAUUGCUUCCAUGUCACCGAUGAGGGCUUCAAUGCCUUGGCGAGGACCUGUGCACCAAAUUCCACCUCAUGGAAGAUGAAGAGUGUUUGGGAUGUCACGGCCUCCGCUAUUCUUGAGAUGUCCUGUAAAGCUACUGGCCUGCAGGAGGUAGAUUUGAGCAACUGCCGGAAGGUGGGUGAUACACUCAUGGCCCGGAUCAUUGGUUGGGUUGUCCCUAGCAAUCAAAAGAUUGAAGGCAAAAGCGCAUCCAUCAAGCCCACCAUACAAACAGCAGAUUGCACCGUUUAUGGCUGUCCGCAGUUGAAAAAGCUCACGCUAUCGUAUUGCAAACACGUCACGGAUCGGUCGAUGCACCACAUUGCCUCGCACGCCGCAGGACGACUUGAGGAAAUGGACUUGACUCGUUGCACCACGAUCACGGACCAGGGGUUCCAGUAUUGGGGCAACGCUCGAUUCACCAACUUACGGAAACUCUGCCUUGCGGACUGCACAUACUUGACAGAUAACGCCAUCGUGCAUCUGACCAAUGCCGCGAAGCAGCUGCAAGAGCUGGAUCUGUCUUUCUGUUGUGCACUUUCCGACACGGCAACUGAAGUUCUCGCCCUCCAAUGUUCAAAUCUUAAACAUCUGAACAUGUCAUUCUGCGGUUCCGCGAUCUCCGACCCUUCUCUACGGAGCAUAGGCCUCCACUUGCUGUCCCUGGAAUAUCUGUCCGUGCGUGGCUGCGUCCGUGUCACUGGUGUUGGCGUUGAGGCUGUUGCCGAGGGCUGCCACCAACUUCGGACCUUCGACGUGAGCCAAUGCAAGAACCUCACAUCUUGGCUCGAAGAUGGCAGUGCCAAGCGGUAUCAAUCGCGCAUCGAGUUCGAAACAGUCGCCGCGAAUAACAGACACUCCCGAUGA